AUGGUGAAGUCAUACCAACGUUUCGAACAAGAAUCUGUCUUUGGUGUCAUCAAUUCAAACUCCAAUUGUAUCUGGCUUCCAUCAGAUUCUAACCCAUCCACAUCACCUGGCCAAAUAAUCACAAGUGCCCUUGAAAAUAUAAACAUUUGGGAUAUCAAAACCGGUGAAUUAUCUUCCCAUUUAAUAGACUCUCUAAUCCCACCACCAGGGUCCAUCGAUGCAAAAUCAACAAAACCAGCAGAAACUACAUACUUACAACAUCAUAAAGAUACAAACCUUUUAGCUGUUGGAUAUAACGAUGGUGUCAUAAAAGUCUGGGAUCUUUAUUCUAAAACUGUACUUUGUAAUUUAAAUGGUCAUUCAUCAGCAAUUACUGUUUUGAAAUUCGAUUCUACUGGGACAAGAUUGAUUUCUGGGUCUAGAGAUUCAAAUAUUAUCGUUUGGGAUCUAGUUAGUGAAGUUGGGUUGUAUAAAUUACGUUCUCAUAAGGAUGCCAUUACUGGUAUUUGGUGUAAUGAAAUGCAAAAUAAUGGAGAAGAUGAUGAAAACGAAUUGGAUUGGCUGAUUAGUACUUCAAAGGAUGGUUUGAUUAAAAUUUGGGAUUUGAAAAUUCAACAAUGUAUAGAGACUCAUAUUGCUCAUACGGGGGAAUGUUGGUCUGUAGCUGUAAGGAAUGAUCUUUUAAUAACGACUAGCUCUGAUUCUCAAAUUAAGAUUUGGGAAUUGAAUCUUGAUAAUGAUGACGAUGGAAAAAACAAGAAGUUAAUUGAAAAGGGAAUAUAUGAGAAGCAAAGUAAACAAAGAGGGUUAUCUAUUGAAUUUAUUGACACUGCAGAUGAAACUGGAUUUUUCUACAUUCAAAACGCUGAUAAAACAGUUGAGAUCUUCAGACUAAGAAAGCAAGAUGAAAUUAAUAAAGCAAUUAAGAAAAGGACUAAAAGGCUCACAGAAAAGGGUAUGACCCCCGAGGACAUUGAACAAAACAUUAAAGAUUCAUACAUUUCAUUGAUAAUGCAUCCAUUCCAAAUUGUAAGAUCAAUUUAUAAAAUAAAAGCUGUAACAUGGACCAUUGCAACUCCAUCUAAAUUAGAAUUAUGUCUCACCACAUCAAAUAACACCAUCGAAUAUUAUUCCACGCCAUACGAAAAAAGAGAACCAACACAACCAACUCCAAAUAAAUUACAUACAAUUGAAUUACAAGGUCAAAGAACUGAUAUACGUUCCAUUGACAUUAGUGACGAUAACAAAUUAUUAGCCACCGCUUCCAACGGGUUAUUGAAAAUUUGGAAUAUAAAGACAAAAUCUUGUAUCAGAACUUUCGAAUGUGGAUAUUCUUUAACUUGUAAAUUCUUACCUGGUGGCACACUUGUCAUAGUAGGUACACGUGGUGGUGAACUACAAUUAUUCGAUUUGGCAUCUUCCACUUUAUUAGAAACUAUUGAAGAUGCUCAUGAUGCGGCUAUUUGGUCAUUAGAUUUGACAAGUGAUGGUAAAAGAUUAGUGACAGGUUCUGCUGAUAAAAGUGUUAAAUUUUGGGAUUUCCAAUUAGAACAGGAAUUAGUGGCCGGUACGGUGGAUAAAUAUUUACCUAAAUUGAAAUUAUUCCAUGAUACUACUUUAGAAUUGAAUGAUGAUAUCUUAAGUGUAAAAAUAUCUCCCGAGGAUAAAUUUUUAGCUGUGUCUUUGUUAGACAAUACAGUGAAAGUUUUCUUUAUGGAUACAAUGAAAUUUUUCUUAAGUUUAUAUGGUCAUAAAUUGCCUGUUUUAUCCAUUGAUAUUUCGUUUGAUUCCAAAUUAAUUAUAACAUCAUCUGCUGAUAAGAAUAUUAAAAUUUGGGGGUUGGAUUUUGGGGAUUGUCAUAAAUCUUUAUUUGCUCAUCAAGAUUCUAUUAUGAAUGUUAAAUUCGUACCUGAAUCACAUAAUUUCUUUAGUUGUUCUAAAGAUGGAUUAAUUAAAUAUUGGGAUGGUGAUAAAUUUGAAUGUAUUCAGAAAUUAGCAGGUCAUCAAAGUGAAGUUUGGUCCAUUGCCAUUGCUAAUGAUGCAAGUUUCAUUGUUUCAUCUUCUCAUGACCAUAGUAUUAGAAUAUGGGAAGAAACUGAAGAUGAAGUAUUCUUAGAGGAAGAACGUGAAAAGGAAUUAGAAGAAUUGUAUGAAGAUACAUUAUUGACAUCAUUGGAAGAAGAUAAUGGUGAUGAUGCUUUUAAAAAGGAUGGUGGGGAAGAUAAAGAUGAAGCUACUGAUGUUCAUAAACAAACUAUGGAAUCAUUAAAGGCAAGUGAACGUUUAAUGGAAGCAUUCGAUUUAGGUAUGAAAGAAAUUGAAGCUAUGGAAGAAUAUGAAAGGGAAUUGAAAAAUUGGCAAAGGAAAGACAGUAAUAACAAGGCAACACAAACUGUUCCAAUCAAACCACAAGGGAAUGCAAUUUUACUUGCCAUUAAAAAGACCCCUGAAGAAUACAUAAUGGAUACUUUGGUUAGAAUAAAACCAUCUCAAUUAGAAGAUGCAUUAUUGGUUUUACCCUUCUCAUACAUUAUAAAAUUCUUGAAAUUCAUUGAUAUUGUAAUUAAUUCCAAAAAAAUUUUAAACAAUCAUUUACCAUUGAUUUGUAGAAUUUUAUUCUUCAUUGUUAAAUCAAAUCACAAGGAAUUAGUAUCUCAAAAAAAUGAAGAAUUGAAAUCACAAAUAACAAGAGUAAAAGAUAAUUUAAGAAAUGCGUUGAAAAAUAAUGAAGAUGAUUUAGGAUUUAAUAUUCAAGGUUUGAAAUUUAUUAAACAACAAUGGAAAUUAAAACAUAAUUAUGAAUACGUUGAUGAUCAAGAUCAAAAAGCUCAAGAAGCUAAAUUUGCUAAAAAGAGAACGUUUGGUACUAUAAUAUAG